GAACAAGAAAAAGCUUUCGACUUGCAAGCUAUUUAUGACACAAUACCACUUUUUUGCGACAGCAGUGUUUAGCUCUAGACACAAUGGUCUGGCCGGUCUGGUCAGCCCUUCUCGGUUCUCGGUUGGCUCUAAGAAUCGCGUAUUCUGGCGCAGCCCAUCCCUCGGCGAAAAGGCGUCAGGAUGAAUAUACCGGACAAUCCCUAAUUCAUAGGUCCGGGUCCUACGGAGAUAUACACGGACGGACUCUGUUAAGUACAGAGUAUAUAUCAAGCAACGUCAGAAAUAAUGAGACUAUAAAGGAAACUUUGUUGCCAUCAGAUGAACGUCCACGUUUACGUGCCAGUGCUCCGCCUUAUCCUCUAUUCACCUCGUCAAAAUGCCUUUUUUAAUAAAUGUUAUUUUCCCAAAGCGCUUUUCACCAAUGUAAAGCGCUCGUCACUUCAUCCUCGUGUAUCCAUCCGAUUUACUGGGCGGUUAUAUACUAGAAUCCUGUCACACAGUCCGUCCCUUCAGGUCAAACAUUC